AUUCUCAUAAAGCCUCAAAACCUGUUUCUUUCUCCCUCUACACCUCUUUAGCCUCUUCGAGUCUCUCUCUCUGUAGCUGAGAAGCGAACCACUGAAGAACCCUUCAUGGAAAGGGACGAGCAAGAACCAACAAUGUCUGAGCCCACGAAAACCAAGUACGAUCGCCAACUCAGGAUCUGGGGAGAAGUAGGUCAAGCGGCUCUUGAAAACGCGAGCAUCUGUUUGCUUAAUUGUGGACCUACUGGCUCAGAAGCCCUCAAGAAUCUCGUUCUUGGUGGAAUCGGAAGCAUCACCGUCGUCGACGGAUCCAGAGUUGAAAUUGGAGACCUUGGCAACAACUUCAUGGUGGAUAAGAAGAGUGUUGGUGAGUCAAAAGCCAAGACUGUCUGUGCCUUUCUUCAGGAGCUUAACGAUGCUGUGAGGGCUCACUUUGUUGAGGAGAAUCCGGAUUCUUUGAUUCUCACAGACCCGUCUUUCUUCUCUCAGUUCACUCUCGUUAUUGCCACUCAGCUAGUGGAAGACUCAAUGGUGAAACUAGAUAGAAUCUGCCGAGAAGCAAAUGUCAUGCUGGUUUUUGCUCGCUCCUAUGGCCUUACUGGCCUUGUUCGUAUCAGUGUAAAGGAGCACACCAUCAUCGAUUCGAAGCCUGAUCAUUUUCUUGAUGAUCUCCGCUUGAAUAAUCCCUGGCCUGAACUCAAGAGGUUUGUGGAGACCAUUGAUCUAAAGACACCAGAUCCCAUCGCUCAUAAGCACAUUCCUUACGUGGUCAUUCUUGUCAAGAUGGCUGAUGAAUGGGCUAAAACUCAUAGCAGCCACCUUCCCUCGACCAGGGAAGAGAAAAGGGAGUUUAAGGAUUUAGUUAAGUCCAAGAUGGUAUCGAUGGAUGAAGAUAACUACAAAGAAGCUGUUGAAGCCACUUUCAAAGUUUUUGCUCCUCGAGGAAUCAGUGAGUGCAAAGAGAUCCAAGAAAUUAUUGAUGAUCGUUAUGCUGAAGUUGGCUCAAACUCCUCAGCUUUUUGGGUAAUGGUAGCAGCUCUCAAGGAGUUCAUUUCAAAUGAAGGUGACGGGGAGGCACCACUUGAAGGUUCCAUGCCCGAUAUGACAUCUUCCACAGAGCACUACAUCAAUUUGCAGAAAAUCUACCAUACAAAAGCUGAAGAUGAUUGUCUAUCCAUUGAGCAAAGAGUGAAAGACAUUCUAGCUAAAGUUGGUCGAGAUCCAAGUAGUAUCUCAAAACAAACUAUCAAGAGCUUUUGCAAGAAUGCAAGAAAACUGAAGGUAUGCAGAUAUCGUAUGAUAGAGGAUGAGUUCAGCAAUCCUUCUGUAACGGAACUACAAAAGUGUUUGGCUAGUCAGGAUUACAGUAGCGCAAUUGGAUUUUAUAUUCUUCUUAGAGCUGUUGAUAGAUUUGCUGCGACCUAUAACAAGUUUCCUGGACAGUUUGAUGGUGGAGAUAUAGAAGAGGACGCAUCUCGGUUAAGAACUAUUGCCCCGAGUGUUAUUAACGAAAUGGGUUGUGACGGCUAUGAACUUCCGGAAGAACUUUGCAAUGAGAUGUGCAGAUUUGGCGCUGCAGAGCUUCAUGUGGUCGCUGCUUUCAUCGGAGGAAUCGCAUCUCAAGAAGUAAUCAAGCUCAUCACGAAGCAGUUUGUACCAAUGCUGGGAACUUUCGUUUUCAACGGCAUUGAUCACAAUUCUCAGUCAUUGACAUUAUAGAAGAUUCUUAUUAGAGACUACUGGUGGCUACUGACAACUCCAACUUCACUUUUAUCCUCGACUCGAGUUGUGAAAUGGUACUUUAAAUACAGUUUGGAGUUUUCAUUUCUGCCAUUGCACCAGACUGAUUAGAUCUCAUUUCUCCAUAUAACAAUUUGGAAUUCCUGAUGAAAUGUAUGUUUUGAUUCUUGAGCCGCGGUUUCAAAACCGAAGAGCUCGUGUUACAUAUUAGCCUUAUUUCUUACUGA